AGAGUUCCCCUCUGAGCGCCGCAGCCUCCCGCAUUCCGGCGGAGCGCACACGGACUGACCCGACCGGUGGAGACGCACGCUGAGAGCAGUAGUUGUAUACCGGCUGGGGAAAUUAAAAGGAAAAACAAAGCCAAAACAAAACAAGUGUAACCUUUAAACGCGGCAGUGUUAUUACCGUCAGACAUUAAAGACAAAAGUUCCGCGCGUUUCUUUGUAUCCCCCCCCCCCUCCUCGCCGGUGCGCUGCCGAUGUUCCCGUGGAAUGAGCGGCGCUGCCUGUGAGGACCGUCCAGACUGCGAGAGGAGGUCGCGGUGUACGUGACUGUGAGGUACAAAACUUGAAUUCUCCAUUGGAAUAUAAUUCCACACUGCUGGGGCACCAUGGUGAUCAUGACGGAGACCAACCCAGGGACUCAGCCCAACCCGGCCCAGGGAAGGCCCCUUCAGGUCGGCUUCUAUGAGAUCAUCCGUACGCUGGGCAAGGGAAACUUUGCAGUGGUCAAACUGGCGAGGCACAAAGUCACCAAAACACAGGUGGCCAUAAAAAUCAUUGAUAAGACCAGACUGAACCCCUCUAACCUGGAGAAGAUUUACCGGGAGGUGCAAAUCAUGAAGCUGCUAAACCACCCCCACAUCAUCAAACUCUACCAGGUCAUGGAGACCAAAGACAUGCUGUACAUCGUGACAGAGUACGCAAAGAAUGGAGAGAUGUUCGAUCACCUGACCACAAACGGGCGUAUGAGCGAGGACGAGGCCCGCAAGAAGUUCUGGCAGAUCCUGACAGCGGUGGACUACUGCCACCGGCACCACAUCGUUCACCGUGACCUCAAAACCGAGAACUUGUUACUGGACGCCAACAUGAACAUCAAACUCGCGGACUUCGGAUUCGGGAACUUCUACAACGCCGGCGAGCCCCUGUCCACGUGGUGCGGCAGUCCGCCCUACGCUGCCCCAGAAGUGUUCGAGGGGAAGGAGUACGAAGGGCCUCAACUCGACAUCUGGAGUCUUGGAGUGGUGCUGUACGUCCUUGUGUGCGGUUCUCUUCCGUUCGAUGGGCCCAGCCUUCCUGCCCUCCGACAGAGAGUCACCGAAGGACGCUUCAGAAUCCCUUUCUUCAUGUCCCAGGACUGCGAAAACCUGAUCCGCAAGAUGCUGGUGGUGGACCCGGCCAAGAGGAUCAGUGUGGCCCAGAUCAAGCAGCACCGCUGGAUGCUGGCGGACCCGGCAGCCCCGCACCAGACCCUCAGCCAUUCCCUGACGGAGUACAACUCCAACCUGGGGGACUACAGUGAGCCUGUCCUUGGCAUUAUGAACACCCUGGGCAUUGACCGCCAGAGGACCAUUGAGUCUCUACAGAGCAGCAGUUACAACCACUUCUCCGCCAUCUACUACCUGCUGCUGGAGAGAGUCCGAGAGCACCGCGCACAGCAGCUCAGCCGCCAGUGUGGGACCUGGAACCAGAGACCGAGGAGUACCUCCGACUCCACCGCCCCAGAGGUGAUCAUGGAGUCCACUGACAGCUUCAGAACGACAACAUUUCCAAUUCCAGCAAAGAGCAACCCUCCGGUGUACUCGGAGAUGGAAUGUGACCAAGGGGGACUAUUCCAACGUGUGGUAUUUCCAGUAGAAGCCAGUCUGAACCGGCUGCUAUGGAACCGCUCCAUCUCACCCAACAGCCUGCUGGAGACCAGCAUAAGUGAGGAGGUGCGACCCAGGGACCUGGAGGAGGAGGAGGGAGCGCACACCACUGGGCCCCUGCUCCCACCCACCACCACUUCCCGCAGACACACAUUGGCAGAAGUAUCUACCCGCUUCCACCAGUGCAACCCCCCCUGUAUUGUGGUCAGUCCCUCAGAUGGUGCAUCCUCUGACAGCUGUCUGAAGUCUUCUUCUAGUCCCAACCCUGCCAUGCAGGCGGCUGUGGGAGGCAUGUCAACUCUCCUGGCCUCUGGAGCAGAAGUUGGAGCCCUGGCUCCUGCAGGAACUUCCCUGGCCAUCUCCUCCCACCUCCUACCCCAAAUCCAGGGCAGCCUACCUGCAGUGAGCUUUCAGGAGGGUCGCAGAGCGUCUGACACUUCCCUCACCCAAGGUCUCAAAGCCUUCCGCCAGCAGCUAAGGAAGAACACACGCACAAAGGGGCUACUGGGAUUAAACAAGAUCAAGGGUCUGACCCGGCAGGUCGUCCCACCACCCUCUUGCAACCGUGGCAGCCGCGGGUCACUUGGCCCAACCCUCUCUGAACAUCGCAGCAUGCUGGAGGAGGUGCUCCACCAGCAGAGGAUGCUACAGAUCCAGCAUCAACCCCAGCCUCAGGCCCAGGCACCUCAAACAGGGCCUACCCAGAAUCCCAUGCUCUUCUUGCCCAAGCAGCAGCAGCAGCCCUCUUCCCCUCCUCCAGCUCCUACAUUUGCUUCCUCCUCCUUGUUUGACACCCCAACUCCCUCACUCCUUCAGAGAGACCAGCCCCAAAACUCUCUGCCUCCUCCACAAGCCCCAAUGGCUCUCCAGCAUGGUCCCUGGCAGCAACCCCUCAAUGCCCGCUCGUCCUGCUGCUCAUCUUCCUGCUCCUCAACCUGCUACUCUUCCUCCUCCCUCUCCCCCGUGGCCUCUGCUGCUUACCUUCUCGAGGCUCGUCUGCACAUCAGCCAGCAACCCCACCUUCACCCCAACACCAACCACCUACAACGGCCCCAAGCCCAGCCCCAGGCUUUCAUGCCGGCUCCCUUUCCCCUCACCUCCAGACCAAUGUGGAGUCUGGCGUCCGCCCCCAGCUCUGACACCGACAUGCAGGAGCUGAGCCUGGCUGGACAGCAGCAGCAGCUGAGCAGCUGUGUAAUGGUGAAGUAAGACAUCAAGCCGUCCUAUGAGAGCAGAGUGAUUGAUUUCUCCUUGGAAGACAUCCAGAGAGAAAAACGAGAAACAAUGUCAUCCCGAGGACAUUUCACUUCAGUCUGAACAGACAAGUGAUAGCGAGACAGGAAGAACAACGAAGACAAAACAAAACAAAACAAAAAAACAAAAAAGAGAUGCAACUGACUAAUUUACACUUUAUUUAACACACUUUAUUUAACAACACUGGGUACACAUGUGAGAGUGAGUCCAUGCGUAAGUAAGUGUGUGUGUUGAGUGUGUGUGCUUUUUGGUAUAAUAUAAGCUGAAGACUAAGCAAUAACCAAACUUUGAAGAAGCAAUAAUGGACUGGGCCUCAACCUACAGGAGCCACAGAAAGACUCCAUUAAACUCCCUGACAGGACGCAUGGACAGAGCCUUCUCGUCCUCCCAGGGAGGUUAUGGAUUCACUUGAAUUAAAUAAGAACCGUCCUUAAAAGUCCUGAUGGAGACAUGUCUCACAUCUUUCAGUGCUUGAUGAGUCAGAAAAGAGAGGGUUCCUUUAUCUUUUGAUACUAGGAAUACGCCAUCUUUCAGAUUUCCUUAAGUUACUUUAUAGGUUUUGGUGGUACAUUUCUAGUUUGCUAAACUGAAAAAAAUGACAUGUCUCGAUGUUUUUUCGCUUUGUUGGAGAGAAGACCAAAGUUUUUUUCCGCCCCCCCCCCCCUAAUUUUUCCAACUUUGUCCGCCUUCCUGAAGAGACAUUACAUUGCAGCACUCCCAUGAACAUGCAGUGUCCCUAAGCUUCCAACUUUUACUGAAGGAGUUGAUGUGUGAUUCAAACUGUGAUUCUGUCGUGCAAGACUAGAGCUAAGCUUAUGCUGCUUUUACCUCAAGCUAACAAAAGAAGCUAAAUUUUCCUCAGCCAAAACUGAAGAAAAACACCGCCAAGCUGAUUGACGAAAGCACAAAAGGUACAUAAGUCAGCUUGGCGAUACGUUAAAAAAAAGAAAAGAAAAGAAAGCAAAAGAACAGUGGACACAUCAAAAUCCAUAUUCUCUUCAUCUGUUAGGCACAUUGGUUUAUGAUUUUCAAAUUCCCUACUGUAGUACUACCUCCUCAGGUCUAUGUCUGAAACAUGUUUCACCAAGUAAACUUUAUUAUCUAAACUGGUAGAAAUUCAAAACAUGUUUUCAGUCCCAAUGCAUUGUAAAACAAAACAUUGAAGGAAAUAAUUCUUUCUCCUUUCUGUAAUCUUUUUACCGUACACAAGGACAGAACAAAUAAUGUGGGAAUGGUGCAAUAUUUCACAUUGAAAUACGAAGAAAAGAGUUAAAGAAUCUACAGAGGCUGGCCUACAGGCUUACAUGGGCACUUGCCUGAGUUUUUUUCUCUUUUUUUUUUUCUACAUCCAUUUGUCAUUUUUAUACUAAUGUUUGACCUUAUCAAGCUAGCUAGCUAGCUAGCUAGCUAGCUAACUAGAACAGGUACUUAAUAUCCGACACAGUACCAAGAUACUUUGCGAAUUGUUGGAAAGAAAAAGACUCAAAAUGCCGUUUCUCCAUAUGGCAUUGCUAAUAGUGCUUUCGCUAACUGGCAGAAUUUGGGUUAUACCAAAGAGCGAAUGGCACUAACGCGACGUAAUCUGCCACAGACACACUACUGACUUUUUUUUUUUUACUCUGAAUACUGUGUCUCAAAGUGUAGCAUGCUAGUUAGCUUACAUUUCAUGUUAUCUACUUAGCUUUUGCUAUGAGGAAUCCUCUGCAGCCACCAAAUGCUAAAGCUGCUUAUGUUGUUAUAUACCAGUUUGCUGGCUUUCAGGACCAUGUUGGUAUUCAUUUUUCUAUUUUUCUAAAAAAAAAAAGAAGAAAAAAAAAGAACAAAAAUCAUGUAGCAAUACCAAGUUUUGCUGAAAAGUGAUUUUCUAGAAUUGUCCAUAUGUGGUGGGGACAAAGUAGAAAUAGGUGGUUAUUACACACAGCAGAUAGAGGUUAUUCUGUGCCGUCUAUUCAGUCCAUGUAUUAGAGACAACGUUUUGUCAGCUGUACAACAAUGUAAGUUCACGUAGUUUUACUGUAUCGAUGACAUCUCCAUAGAGGUUCAGGAAAACAAGGAAAGGAACAGUGUUUUUCAAGGCUCAAUUCUCAAAUGUUCUGAUUGCUGUUGUUGUUGUUGUUGUUGUUAUCCCCCCCCCCCCGAAACAAGCAGUGUUGAUAUUUUCUUUAACAUUUAUUUCGGUUUGUCUGCACUCACCACCAACGCUUGUGCCUUUUUAAUGGAAAACCCCCCCGUUCUCCAAUCAGCACAUUAACAGAAGAAAUGUAUGGCUCCGUUACCGGCCAUCCACUCAAAAGCCCCUUUUGAUACGUUCUUUUACAUUUGAACUUGUGUGUUUGUGAAAAACAAGUUUCGCACUUUAUAUGUACCUGACAUUUCUGAGCGGCUGGAACGGGCUGAGUAAAGAUCACAAAACCUGUUGAAACACUAACGAAUCUUGAUGCAAAUCCGUAGGGUGCCCCUUUUUGAUAAACUUUGGAUAACGAGAUUUUUUUUUCCCCGAACAUUUGUUACUUGACUGCAUGUGUGUGUGUGUGUGUGUGUGUGUAUGUUUAUGAAAAAGAGAGUGAGAAAGGAAGAGAGGGAAUGUCUGGAAAAGAUUGUUUAUUUAUGUGGCUAUUUAUUUGAAUAAAGUUCACUUCCU